UGAGCUAGUUUCUCUCGAAGAUGUUGCGCCGACUGCUCAUUCUGGGAGUUCUGCUGGUUGCCCAGGUUGGAUUUAGCCAAGCCAACUGCAACAUCUGCUCUUCUGCGACAAAAAAGGCUUGUGUUUCCAAAACCCAAUACCAAAACUGCACCACGGAUGAUAGGCCCACAGGACCGAUCUAUACGUGUCCCAACAAUACAUACUGCUCUGUGACUGCUGCAGUGUGUUCUGCGACCACUGCUGAGAUCGCCUGCGCAGAAUGCAAUCAGUGUGGAGAUUAUUUCGCCUGCACAGGAACCAGUAGUUUCGCGCUCUGUUUUCAGGGAUCUGUGAUUCCUAAUGCUACGUAUAGCUGCAAUCCCGGGCAAGUGUGCAGUAAAAGCCUCACAACCAUCUGCGGCGACUCUGCGACAGGCACAGUGCCCUCCUGUUCGUACUACGAUAGUGCUGCAGAAGUAGGCAACUUCUGCUUAACCAAGGCUUCUGCAGGUCGUUUCCCAUAUCCCAAUGAUCCCAGUUGCUCCAGAUAUAUCAACUGCUUCUAUAAAGGUUCUGCUUGGAAUGGAACUGUCUGGAAUUGUCCUACCGCUAAGCCUUAUUUCAGUUCUACUUCCCUCAUUUGCACUUCCACAAAACCAACAAAUUGCACUUGAUUCUAGAAUUAUUUACAUUUUGCAAAUAACUUGCAACUUGGUGUGAAAAGCAAAUAUAUGUUGAUGAUCUUUAAAUAAAAGGUUCACUUUUUUUGCUUUC